CAGCUCAGCAGCAUAAUGUCUAUGCCUGUCAACCAGCAGGGCUUCAGCUCCAGCUCCCUGGGAGGCUGGAUGCUGGAGUCCUCCUGCAUCGGCCCCCAGAGAUACUCACACAGCGUGUAUGGAGGAGCCGGCUGCUUCGGGACGCGCAUCUCCCAGGGGUCGCACCUCAACUCCUCGUGCUCUGCAGGCGGCAACUGGCCUGUGUUUAACGGAGGCAAGCUCACCAUGCAGAACCUCAACGACCGUCUGGCCCGCUACCUGGAGAAGGUGCGCUCUCUGGAGAACAAGAACAGGGAGCUGCAGAUUAACAUUGACGAGUUUCGUGUGAAGACCUCAUACAUCACUAAGGACUAUGCAAACUACUUUUCCAUCAUCCGUGACCUGAAAGCAGAGAUUACAAGAAGCUGUUCAGAGAACCAGAACGUGCUACUGCAGAUUGACAGCUCCAAACUGGCAGCAGAAGAUUUCAAAUUGAAGGAUGAGAUGGAGAUGAACAUGCGGAAGAUGGUGGAGGCCGACGUGUUUCGCCUGCGGGGGAUCCGGGACGGGAUGACCCUCACCAUGAGCUCCAUGGAGUUGACCGUGGAGGAGCUGAAGGAGGAGCUGAUCCGCAUGAAAAGCGAACACAAAAAGGAGAUGGAGGAGCUGCGACCGGGCGCCGGGAAAGUGAAGGUGGAUGUGGACAACGCCGGCUCCUGCGACUUGGAGAGGGUCCUGGCGGAGAUGAGGGAGCGGUACGAAAUCGUGAUAAAGAACAACAAGCAGGAGAUCGAGAAGUGGUACCAGGAGAAGAUAAAAGCUCUUCAAGAACAAAUCCGCAUCUACACGACGGAGGUGGAGACGCACCGCUCUCAGACCUCAGUCCUGAAGAGGAGCUACCAGUCUCUGGAGAUCACCCGCCAGGCUCUGUACACCGAGAUUCAGUGCUGGCAGAAGAACAUCUGUGUGUGGAACAACCAGACUUCUGCUCAGCUCAGCUGCCAUCAGUCGGUCGUCGCCGCUCUGGAGGUGGAGCUGCAGAAGAUGAAGACGCGUGUGACCGAGCACCGGAUCAAGCACGACACAGUGCUGGAGAUAAAGGCCAGGCUGGAGAGCGAGAUCGCCGAGUACAGGAAGCUGCUGGAGGGAGGGGGAUAUGAACAGAAGAAGGCUCUGAUCAUCAAGCAAGUGACAGAGGAAGUUGAAGAGCAAAAACCCCACAUUGAGAAGAGAGUGAAAACCAUCGUGGAGGAAAUUGUUAAUGGACAAGUUGUGUCCUCCUGUGUUGACACUCAAGUGCACACUGUUCAGUAGUCUGCCUGCCUCCUCCAAAACCUGCCGAGUUAGUGAUUAACCUGUGUUUUUUAGCUGACCACAUGUUCUUUUUGGUGUUUUGAAUUUGUCUUGACAUAUGCAGCAAACUUGAUUUAUGUGCUGGUCUUUAUGCGGGCUCUACUUUUGGAAAAAUAGUAAAUAAACGACUUCAAAAAUCCAGUUGUAAACUAACAGAUUGUGAAUCUGGGAUCAUAUAAAUGUCCGUCAUUUUGAUCAUAGUUGGAACUCAUGCCUCUCUGUAAGUUAGUCGUAGUCACUAAAGAUAAAAUAUAUAAUAAUACUGCAAAGGUUUUAUAAACCCAAAGUAGAUAUCUUCAGAGAACAUAAAUUUCACUUUGAUGUAAUGUAAGUUGUGACCACCAGGUGUCUCUGUUGUCUCUGAGAACACUGUCUGGCACAGCUUCGUGUUGCAUAACCUGAAUUUGCUAAAAUGGAAACAGAUUAUUUUUGCUGCAAAAGAGACUUUUCCAAAUAUGAUUAGCUUGGUUUACUGGCAGUAAGUUAAUUAUCUGCUGGAUGUAUAAAACUGAAGCUUUAUUACACAUCCAAAAGUCCCGGAGGAAACGAAGCUAAUGCUGGAAAUGAUUUGACAGAAGCACGCAGGGAGGGAUUUUUUUUUUUUUUUGCUUUAUUAAAUAGAUCGUACAAAGAGAUUUAUAAUGCUCUAAGAGCUAAAAUUAUGGGUUGCUGGUCAUUCUGGAGGCAUCAAAGAUUUCUUGUCAAAGCGGAGUUGAAUGAAGCAGAGCGCUGGGAUUAAUGCAGUGGUUUCAGGUCCGCCUCCCCUUCGCUGCGUUUGUGCGGUUGCUUUCUGUCAACAUGCUGGAAUCAGCGCUGUCAUCUAUAAUCCUCUGUCAAAAUGUCAAGUUUGCGUAACAAUAAAGGUGAAACUCAUUCCCAUCGACA